AUAAAUCCCCUUCCCAACCAUUGUCACCAUCUCACACAUCUUAAUAAACUCAAUUCUUGUAUUGUUCUCUUUCUAGUUCAAUUCUCUCAAGACAGACAAGCCUAGCUAGGCCAUAAUAAAGAAAAGGCAGAAUUGAAGAGGGCCUGAAAUGGGUACAUUGGUGGGGCAUGUGGCACCUGGUUUUGGGUUCUUUAUGAUUGGGCUGUGGCACCUGGUGAACAACAUAAGGAUCCAUGCUACAAGCCCAAGGGUCUUCACCUCUCUCCCAUGGUUUCCAACUUCAAGAAUCAGACAUUUAGAGCUAUUCUUCAUCAUGGGUGCUUGCAUAGCCUCCAUAUCCAUGGAGCUUUUCAUAGGUCCUAAAAAGCACCAACCUUUGGACACAGAUGGGACCAUCCCAUCCGACCACCUCCACAACUUCGAGCACUCAAACAUCUCAUUUACGUUCCUCGUCUACGCUGUCUUCUGCAUAAUCUUGGACAAGACAGCGGCUCUUGCCCGGAACGCUCUUGCCCAGUUUCUCGGGGCAAUCGCUUUCGGGCAGCAGCUUCUGCUCUUCCACCUCCACUCCACUGACCACAUGGGGGUGGAAGGGCAGUACCAUUGGCUCCUCCAAGUUGUCAUCUUUCUGUCCUUAGCCACCACUCUGCUGGGCAUUCCUUACCCAAAGAGCUUCUUCAACAGCUUUGUCAGGUCCUACAGUAUAAUGCUCCAAGGGGUUUGGUUCAUAGUGAUGGGGGUCAUGCUGUGGACCCCACAGUUCAUCCCCAAGGGCUGCUUCAUCAACUCUGAGGAAGGGCACCAAGUGGUGAGAUGCCAUACCCAAGAAGCUCUCCUUCGCGCCAAAUCCCUCGUCAACAUCCAGUUUAGCUGGUACGUUAUUGGGGUCACCAUUAUCGCCGUCUCUCUUUACUUGGUGGUUUUCAAGAUAUACCACCACGAAGAUGAGAAGGUAGGAUACCGAUCUUUAUUAGAAGGGAAGAUAGAUGAAGAAGGUGAUGAAAGGGGGGUAGCGGUCGAGGAUGUUGAGUCUCAGAUGAAAGGCAAGGUUGGGAAAAAUGGCGAAAUGAAGACUUUUCUUGAAAUGGGGAACUUAUUUGCGUCGUUAGAUAGGGAAAGGUAGAACCACCGUAGGGAGCGACUAUAUACGGCACGAGGGAAAUACUUGGCUAUGUACAAAAGUAAGCAAAUUGAACUAUAAAUAAAUGAGAUUUGUAUAUUAGUGAUUAGUGAUGGAAAUUGCCCGAUUAAUAAGAUUAGGACAGUACAUAAAUAAGAAUAUGUAUAUCGUUUUCUCUAAAAAAAAGUAUAUAUUUU